GCGGCUGCGCGCCUGCGCGAGGACGGGCGACGGGGAUGCGCGCGGCGGGGGCGGGCUCUGCCGAGCGCUGAGCUGCAGCCGCGAAGCCGGACGUGUCCGCGAAGAUGGCGGGCCGGAGUAUGCAAGCUGCGAGAUGUCCUACAGAUGAAUUAUCUUUAACUAACUGUGCAGUUGUGAAUGAAAGGGAUUUCCAGUCUGGCCAGCAUGUGGUUGUGAGGACCUCUCCCAAUCACAGGUACACAUUCACACUGAGGACUCAUCCAUCAGUGGUUCCAGGAAGCAUUGCAUUCAGCUUACCUCAGAUUACAACCUAUAAGUAUAUUCAGUAUGUGGAGAAACAGGUAUGUUCUCUUGCCUAUGAAAGUUACUCAAUCUCCUUAUAUACAUUUGACAAAGCCAAGCAAUGUAUUGGCACAAUGACCAUCGAGAUUGAUUUCCUGCAGAAAAAAAACAUUGACUCCAACCCUUACGACACUGACAAGAUGGCAGCAGAAUUUAUUCAACAGUUCAACAACCAGACCUUCUCAGUGGGACAACAGCUUGUAUUUAGCUUCAAUGAAAAGCUUUUUGGCUUACUGGUGAAGGAUAUUGAAGCCAUGGAUCCUAGCAUCUUGAAGGGAGAGCCUGCGACAGGUAAAAGGCAGAAGAUUGAGGUAGGACUGGUUGUUGGAAAUAGUCAAGUUGCAUUUGAAAAAGCAGAAAAUUCAUCACUCAAUCUUAUUGGUUGUAAACAUGUUAAAGGCAUCCUGUUAUAUGGACCCCCAGGCUGUGGUAAGACUCUCUUGGCUCGACAGAUUGGCAAGAUGUUGAACGCAAGAGAGCCCAAGGUGGUCAAUGGGCCAGAAAUCCUUAACAAAUAUGUGGGAGAAUCAGAAGCUAAUAUUCGUAAACUCUUUGCUGAUGCUGAAGAGGAGCAGAGGAGGCUUGGUGCUAACAGUGGUUUGCAUAUCAUCAUCUUCGAUGAAAUCGAUGCCAUCUGCAAACAGAGAGGGAGCAUGGCUGGUAGCACAGGAGUUCAUGACACUGUCGUCAACCAGUUGCUGUCCAAAAUUGAUGGGGUAGAGCAGCUGAACAACAUCCUAGUCAUUGGUAUGUUUACUUUUUUAAAAAAAGCCAGCACUAAAGUGGAAGUGGACAUGGAGAAAGCGGAGAGCCUGCAGGUGACAAGAGGAGACUUCCUUGCUUCUUUGGAGAAUGAUAUCAAACCAGCAUUUGGCACAAACCAAGAGGAUUAUGCAAGUUACAUUAUGAAUGGUAUCAUCAAAUGGGGUGACCCAGUUACCCGAGUUCUGGAUGAUGGGGAGCUGCUGGUUCAGCAGACAAAAAACAGUGACCGCACACCAUUGGUCAGCGUCCUUUUAGAAGGCCCUCCUCAUAGUGGCAAGACUGCUUUAGCUGCAAAAAUUGCAGAGGAAUCCAACUUCCCCUUCAUCAAGAUCUGUUCUCCUGAUAAGAUGAUUGGCUUUUCUGAGACAGCCAAAUGUCAGGCCAUGAAGAAGAUCUUUGAUGAUGCGUACAAAUCCCAGCUCAGUUGUGUGGUUGUGGAUGACAUUGAGAGAUUACUUGAUUAUGUUCCUAUUGGCCCUCGAUUUUCUAAUCUGGUAUUACAGGCUCUUCUUGUGUUACUGAAAAAGGCACCUCCUCAGGGCCGCAAGCUUCUUAUCAUUGGGACCACCAGCCGCAAAGACGUUCUUCAGGAGAUGGAAAUGCUUAACGCUUUCAGCACCACCAUCCACGUGCCCAACAUUGCCACAGGAGAGCAGCUGCUGGAAGCUUUGGAGCUUUUGGGCAACUUCAAGGAUAAGGAACGCACCACAAUUGCACAGCAAGUCAAAGGGAAGAAGGUCUGGAUAGGAAUCAAGAAGUUACUAAUGUUGAUCGAGAUGUCCCUGCAGAUGGAUCCUGAAUACCGUGUGAGAAAAUUUUUGGCCCUCCUAAGAGAAGAAGGAGCUAGCCCCCUUGACUUUGAUUGAAAAUGGACUAUUUGCAACACACAGUGACCCAGGGAAGUGACCAAGUUGAAGAUGGCCUGGGAUCGUCACUCAUCUUACUCACGAUACUGGACUAAGUGGAACAUCUUCUACCUUCAACACAGGCUUGCUCUGCAUGAUUAGUGCAAUAAAACUCCCUUCCUUAUGCUUAACGAGAUA